AUGGCUCCCACCGGUUACACCGACGGUGAUGGCCACCUAGAGGCUGGACUAUUCAAGAGCACCCAAGGAGAGAAGCAGACCGGAUUCCAGGACUAUUCGCCACUUGCGUUGAAGAAACAGAGCAAGAGCAACAAGAUGAUUUACUUUAGGCGGGCGCUGCUCGUCAUUGUCAUGGGCUUCGUCCUUGGCUUGGGCGUUGCCACUGCCCGGCCGAGCUUGAUGAACUGCCAGAGACACAACGACAACUCGAAGAUGGACUUGGCCAAGGCUCACAGCUCCAAUGGAGAACUGGCGGAGGCACUUCAGAAGGCCUCUCCUGAUAUGCUUCACCGGCUGCUCCAUGCCUAUCUCCCUGAGAGAUACCAGCAUGGAGUGUUUGCCACUGAUAAGGACGCCAUCGAUGCCAUUAGCGAGAGGGAUCCUUCUGUGGCCUCGGCCAUCGUUCAGAUUGCCAAGAGACAAGACAAUGGACCGAGCAACAACAACUCUACUACGGCUGCUCCGCCGACCAGCACGGCUCCCUCGAGCACAGCUGUGCAGUCGUCAACGGACGUACAAUCUUCAACCGCUAGCAGCCCUGAAUCGACCACUGCUUCUGAAACUAGCUCAAGCGAUUCAUCUAGCUCUACUGCUGAGUCCACUACCGCAGAUUCGUCUACGUCCUCUGCUCCUGCAUCCACCACCGCAGAAUCAACCACUGCUUCGGAACAGUCCACCACCGCAGCACCCUCCAGCACUCCAAGCUCGGCUCCUGCUUCGACUACUUCCUCUGCUUCUUCAACUUCUGGUACGUCUACCACGGAAGAAGAGACCACUACGGCUGCUUCCUCCUCUCCCACUACUGCUCCGGCGUCCACCACCUCUGGUAGGUUGUCGGCAGGCAUUACUUCGUCUGUUGCCUCGUCUGAGGCAACAACCACCUUUGAUUCUUCAUCCCCUUCCUCUUUAUCCUCUUCCUUUCCUACAUCGACUUCACCGAAUUCGGCGACGGCAGCAGAAACCACUACUGAUGAAUCCGUAACCACGGGCCCAUCUUCAACCGAGGCCAGCGAAACUCCGCAAUCAACCAUUACAUCGGGCUCCAAGACGACGUCUGCACCCGUUGCCCACACCUUCACCAGGACACUUCCCGAUGGAGGCACCACUACCCUGACUUCAACCUCUUGGGUUGCCGUUUUGCCCACCAGCCAUGCCGACGGCUCAAAGAACCCUGACCUUCAGAACGGCGCCUCUCUCCCUCGUGCUGAGAUGAUGAUGCCUGCUGCCAUUGGUCUUUUGGUCGGAGCUGUUUUGCUGGCAUAA